AUGGAUGCCAAGACCGACCAGUUGCUUCGCAUGAUGGCAAAAAAGGCCACCACUCGAGGAUUCUGGAUCCAAGAGACGGACGAGUCCUUCCAUCCGUUGGACGGCAACCUGCCCCGAGAAGGCAAGAGUGGCAGGAUGGCUCCGCCCACCCCGCCGCAUCGGGUGAAGACUGACACGGUGGAACACACCAUGAAGGCUUUGGUGAAACAGCUGGGCGUUUUGGCAGGUGACAUCCAGAAGUGGCAACUCCUGAUCGAUUGGGAGCCUCGCUUUGCCAAAACCAUGAAAGAAUCUCUGCAUGAAGCGCAACGGCUGCGGAUGAUGGGUGACGAAUCCGGGCACGUUCGCAUGGCUUUGAAGACCGUGGAACUCAUGGAGAAGAUGACGCCUUCGCAACGCCUCGGCACUGCCAAGCUGAACAACACCGAGCCUGUGGAUGAAAGAUCGGAAACCAGGGCUGUGGUCAUGGCCAACAAGCAGAUUGCAGACGAAAUGUUUGAGACAUUUCAACAAGGAGGCAUGCCCAGAGAUCGCUUUGAAAAACUGCUGGAGCAACACUGCAAGCGAGUUAUUCGAAUGGUGGAGGGCACCCUACUUCCUAUGGCCGAGCACAAUCGAGACCUUGAACGGCAGGUCAUGCGUUUGAGACAGAAGGCUGACUACCUGCGCUACAUGUACUUCUGGCUACCUGGUGCUCGUCAACAUGAAGACGAAAUCGUGCAAACCUAUCGCAGGGCAGCGGAGAUGGCGAAUGGACUGCACCCGCGACACGUCAUCGGCAGCUCAGUGUUUGUGAACCUCGCGUGUUUCUACGCUGAGUGCAAGCGGGACAACGACAUGGCGAUCUCGGUUUGCAAAGAUGGCAAGGUGUGGGGUACCCGGCACAGUGAUCGCGUGCCCACCGCUGGUGAGAUCUUUGGCUUCACCCUUCUAGAACGGAACCUUGAGGCCUUGGAAAGCCAACUGGCGCUGCUAGAGUUGUCCUUCGACGAGGAUGAGCUGCAGCUUCACAAGGAAGCUCUGGGAAGUGCGUGGAAGGAGGAGGAGAAGAAGGAGCCGAUUUCCCUCCCAGAAGAACCAGAAGUCAAGGUGCUUGAUGAGUCCAUCUUUGAUCGUGGUGAGGAUUGCUUUGCAGAUUGGGGUAGCCACGCCAAACUUUUGGCCACCUUUGCUGGGAAGACUGGGAUCUGUUCUGACAGGAAGCAACCGGACAGCCCGGCCGCAAACCUGGAGGACUCUACGGGCUCAUCGCCUCCCAAGGGGCUGCAGGAAUGGGCCAGCUCGCUGGCAAGGUCAGUUGGCCUACCACAACUCAGCACGGAACAGCAGAAGGAGUGCAAAGCAGUCCUUCGCUGGUUGAGUGGGAUGCCGUGCCAUCAACACGUGGUCGAUGCAGAUGGGGGGGAAGGUGCUGAUCUCAUCAUGCAAAUGCGAUGGGUGAACGCAGUUGAGAUGCCUAGCAAUGGCAUGGCACGGAGCACGAGACGCACGGCACGAGGACCCUCUGAGAAGGUCUUUUUGGUGGCUUGCGUUGUCCGUUUGAACACCAAGUCCCGAGAUGCGGGGGAACGUCGCGGUCGAGGCCGCCUUCGCACCUCGUCCUUGGGAGAUACCGGAUCUUGGUCGCCAUCCUUGGUGGACAUGCUGGCCAAGUGGCCCAAACGUGGAGCUUCAGAGAAGACUCUGAAGAUCGACAAAAGCGAAGUCUGCGCAGAGCUUGGGCUUCUCCUUACGGAUGAUGGUGUGGUCAAGAGGCCCUUCACCUUGGAAUUGGAUCAUUCAGAUGCAGGAGAUACCUUGCAGAUGCUUGGAGAUUUGGAAGGGCAAAGUUGUUGGGAAGGCGUCCGCAUGCUACGCGAGAAGCGUUUAAAGGUGCCCGUCACACUGACCUUUAUUCCCAGCAUGAAGGUGAAAAAUGCCUAUCUCGAAGCAGACGACCGACCCAUCGUGGCAAAGACCGACUACUGCGAACGGCAUACGAACUUUGUUGGAUGGCGCGAUAGCCAUAAUAACCUGAGACCAAGCCCGAACUUUACCUCCCUGGCUGAUCUGGUGGAGGACAUCCGCGAAUCUAAGCUGCGGACAAAGGAUCUGCGGCUGCCCAAGCGAAUCCCUGGAUUUUCAGCACGACGUGCGCCGGUCUUGGCCAUGAACCGUGGGGCAUCCCAGGGAUGA